UCUGCCCACAGAAGCAAAUCGCUCCAGCAUCUCUGCAUGGGGAGAAUGAGGAAAAGGGGGCCGUAAAAUGCUCUGAAAUUCCCUUUUAUUUCUAUUUCUAUGUCCGUAACAGUGGCUCCCACUGCGACGAAGCCGAUGAUGCCAACAGGGUGGAUUUUCUUCCCGUCUUGCGGGCUGUGAUCAGUAAGACAUGCGGAGCGCUUUCCUCCCCAUGGUGUUAGAAAUCCGCAAAAAUUAAAAAUAAAUAAAUACAAGAUGAAGAAGCAAUUCAACCGAAUGCGACAGCUCGCCAACCAGACAGUGGGCAGGGCAGAGAAAACAGAAGUGCUUAGUGAAGACCUGUUGCAGGUGGAGAAGCGGCUGGAGCUGGUCAAGCAGGUGUCCCACAGCACCCACAAGAAGCUGACUGCCUGCCUGCAAGGACAGCAGGGUCAGGAUGUGGACAAGAGGUCCGUCAAGUCUCCCUCGAAAAAAUUGCCUCUGACAUCUCUGGCUCAGUGUCUGGUGGAGGGUGCUGCGGUACUUGGAGACGAGUCUCUCCUGGGGAAGAUGCUGAAGCUGUGUGGAGAUACGGAGGACAGGCUGGCCCAAGAGCUCCUCGUGUUCGAGUUACAAAUCGAGCGGGACGUUGUGGAGCCUCUUUACAUGCUGGCAGAGGUGGAAAUUCCCAACAUUCAGAAGCAAAGAAAGCACUUGGCUAAACUCGUUCUGGACAUGGAUUCUGCCCGGACAAGGUGGCAGCAGUCCUCCAAAUCUUCGGGUCACCCGGGCAACCUUCAGCCAGGCGGAGCCAAGGCCGAUGCCCUCCGAGAGGAAAUGGAGGAGGCAGCCAAUCGUAUGGAGAUCUGUAGGGAUCAGGUAUCAGCAGACAUGUACAACUUUGUGGCCAAAGAAAUAGACUAUGCAAACUACUUUCAGACGCUAAUAGAACUGCAGGCGGAGUACCACAGGAAAUCUCUUGAGGUUCUCCAGAGUGUUUUGCCCCAGAUCAAAGCACACCAGGAGGCCUGGGUUGAGAAGCCAUCCUUCGGUAAGCCUCUGGAGGAACACCUGUCCCUCAGUGGGAGGGAGAUUGCCUUCCCCAUUGAGGCCUGUGUCACCAUGCUGCUGGAAUGUGGCCUUCAGGAGGAGGGCCUGUUUAGAGUGGCUCCCUCAGCCUCCAAGCUGAAGAAGCUGAAGGCAUCAUUAGACUGUGGUGUGCUGGAUGUGCAGGAGUACUCAAUGGACCCACACGCCAUCGCAGGGGCACUGAAAUCCUAUUUGAGAGAGCUCCCAGAGCCGCUCAUGACCUAUGAACUCUACGAAGAGUGGAUCCAUGCUUCCAAUAUUCAGGAUCAAGACCAGAGACUGCAGGCCUUGCUGGCAGCUUGUGAGAAGUUACCCCCCGAUAACAGCAACAACUUCAGAUACCUGAUUAAAUUUUUGGCCAAACUGACAGAGUACCAGGAUGUCAAUAAGAUGACUCCGGGAAAUAUCGCCAUUGUACUGGGGCCCAACUUGCUGUGGCCACAGACGGAAGGGAACAUCACAGAGAUGAUGACCACCGUGUCCCUCCAGAUCGUGGGCAUCAUUGAGCCGAUCAUCCAGCAUGCCGACUGGUUCUUCCCCGGAGAGAUUGAGUUCAACUUGACAGGAAGCUACGGCAGCCCCAUCCACACCAACCACAACUCCAAUUACAGCUCCAUGCCCUCACCCGACAUGGACCAUUCUGACCGCAAGCAGCAUGACCAGGGCCGGCGCCCACUGAGCGUUGCCACCGACAACAUGAUGCUGGAGUUCUACAAGAAGGACGGCAUAAGGAAGAUCCAAAGCAUGGGAGUCCGGGUGAUGGAUACAUCGUGGGUGUCACGCAGGGGCUCGUCCACAUUUGCCCGCAAGGCAUCGGCCACCCCCCCGGGUGCACAGGCCCCUGAUUCACUGGCCCCCGAACAGCUCAGCGAGCCAGCCCUGGUCCCUUCCCCCAGCCCUGCCACCGGAGAACGAGCGAGCUCGGAUGACGUGUCGUCCAAUCGGUCGGAUUCCUGUUCCACCUACCCACCCCCAGGGGAGGCCAGGCCCCCUCCUCCUUACCCCACCAGCUACCCCACCUCAUUCCAUGUCUAUCAGCGACCCCAGCCCUGCGCGCGGCCCGUUGCACCUGGUCCCGAAUCGGUGCCCCCCGGGGGCUCCCCUCCCCUCCUCCGCUGGUCUGGCUACAGCCCUCCUCUCCCGCCUCCCUCUUCCUCAUCCUCCUCUUCCGCCUUCACGCCCACUUCCGCCACCACCCAGCAGCUUGACAUCAACUCGAACCCCAAACCCAGCUGCUUGCACCUCCCCAAGCAGGGCAUGCCCUGCGACGCUUCGCAUGGCAACCCUCCUGAAACUAACACCUUCCCGCUCUACAUCAAAACCCCCCUGGUCUUGACUAGACACGACCCAUCUGUUGGCACCGCCCUUAGCGCCCCCCCGUCCGUCCCCUCUGGCCUGCCGCCGUGGGUCCCCUGUGGCUGUGUCGGAGAGAGAGGACCCAGGCAGACUAGUUCCCUGAAGAGCAAAGAGCCAUCCCCUGUGAUCGGACACAAGGCGGUGCAGGUGUCGGGUCCCCUAGUGCCCUCUGGCUGUGGACUACAGGGUAGCACCCCGGCGCAGCUCGCCACUGAGCAGAGCCCUCACGCCCUGCGCAAAGCUUCCAGGAAGCUAGCUCCCAUUCCACCCAAGGUGCCAUAUGGCCAGUCAGGUGGAAUGUCGGACCAGUCGACAGGUCAGCCGUCUCCGGUGAGCCUGUCCCCCACGCCCCCCAGCACCCCUUCCCCAUACGGACACGGCCCAAUGUCGUCACCCGGACAGGGACCCCCGGGGGCCCCCCACGCCCUCUCGUCGCCACCCUCCCUGACGGGCACGCUCACCAAGUCCAGGCCCACACCCAAGCCCCGGCAGAGGCCCACCCUGCCCCCACCCCAGCCGCCCGUGGCCCUGGGGUCAGGCCCGGGCCCCGGCCCCCAGGCCCUGGAGCACGGCCUGUUGGACAGCAUGUCCCCUGAGGAAAGCGUGUCGACAGUUAUCCUUUCUGACACAGCAUCUCCAUCGGAUCUCUUUAGUCUGGAAAUGCCCAUCAUCAGUAUUGAACUUGAAGGCCUCCUUGAUGAGCUUGCUGCCACCCCCUGUAGGAGCUCCUUGAGAGUGAUGGAUUCAUUGGCGGCUGAGGCUGAGUCAAAGGAGGCAUCUGAGAGCUCCUCAUUAUGACACCCAAACCCUUAUUCUGCUAUACAUAAGAGACAAUGACACAAAUCAAGGACAAAACCUGAUCUACUUGGAAGCAGAAAAGGAUGUAGUGAAUCCUCCAUACAUAACUUGACUGGAAAUCGUUCCAGUGUAUCGUGUACAUCAGUCAUAAACGAUUUUAAGUACACCAGAUGCCCUAGGAGAUGGUGGUAGAAAUAUAUUGAAAUGAAUACAGAGUGUUGGAUUAUAUGUUUUGGGGAUUUUGUUUAGUUUAUUGUUAUGGUUACUGUGGUAAUCUUUUUAUAUGUGUAUUUUACAUUUUUUCCUUGCACAUUUUCUUUUCUUUGCCUUAUUUUGCCUGUUGCCUUUACCUCCAAGAAACAGCCAGUUGGUUGAGUGAGAAUAUUAAUGAUUUUGCUCCGUUAGCAAAGGACCCAUCUGAAAUGUUCAGGUGAGUAAAGUGGACGAGAUGUAGGUGCUACGUUGAGCUGAAGCCGGUUCACAGGGACCUGGGGCCUCACCACUGAGGCUCACUGGCAUAACUACAAGGAGCCAGCGUCAAAUCUCAGAUUUUACCCCGAAUAAAGUGUCCAUCAAGAGGGCUUCGCCUGGUCGGAUGAGCUCAUGCUCCAUCUAGAAAUUUCGAAAGCCGCUGGUGCUAUAACCCAGGGAGAUGGUCAUUCACAGUUAGCAUAAAGGAAUCAUAAAUUCUAUAGUUUUGUAUUUUCUUGUUGGGUAUCUUGCUGAACUGAAAAUCUACAAUGUCUGAAUGGUGUUUGGUGACUUUUGCCUCUCAACUGUAGCAGUAUAACUGUUUUGUUUGGCUGUUUAACCACAGUGAGUCACAGUCGUUAGUAACGGAGACUUACAGAGAUCAUAAACAGAAUAGUAUUGGUACUUUUGGGGAUUCAGAUAGGGUAUGUCAGAAAUAAAUGGUACUUACCAGGGAGUUGAAAGAGGAUGCAUGAUAAAUGAUAGAUGUUUCUGUUUAGUCUGUGUCUGAUACACUAUAGACCACACAGAACCUAACACUCUGGUUGGAUUAGUACCACGGUAAAAAUUUUAAACCUCACUAGAAAGGACUGGGGACUAGAUUAUUAAAAUAAGUGUGUCACAACUUCAUAUUCCAAUCCAGGCCACAGAAAUCCAACUACUGAAACAAACAUCCGAAGAAUCCCACAGGGAUCUAAAUCCAACCUUUAUACCUGACGAAACACCACAGAUGGGCCUUCCAGUGAAAGCCCACUUGGUUUUCCCCAUGAAAUUGGGAAAGACAUUUGAUUGCAACGGUUCUGAUGAAUAACACUAAAGAGUGGUCUUCCAAAAGUGAUCCGGACUCUAAUGGAACUUUCUGACCGUACUAAUGUUAAUGCUGCUUCAGCUCUCACUCAUUUCAAGUGCUUGGAACCCACAAAUCGCUUGUAAAUAAAAAAGCUGUACAUAGACGCAUGUAUAUAAGUACGUAUAAUUUAUAUAUAAAGAAAAUGUGUAUAUAUAAAGAUAAAUCUGAAUAUAUAUAUAUAUAAGUAUAAUGGUGGAGUUAUUUUGUCCUGAUUUAAGCUUUGCCAGGCUAAUAAUUGUGAGCUAAAUAGCUGUACCUGCGUGCAUAAAGAACUGAAGGUGAUUGCCUGUACAUAUCCGGCUGUGAAGAUGUGAACGCUUCGUGGACGUAUGUUCUUACUGAGGAGAGUGUGAGAAGGUACAAGAGAGCAGGCCUUUGCGGUGUGCGCUGUUAACUGUGUGAGCAUUGCUUUCACUUGUGUUUCUGGCUUUGUUUGAGUCAUGUACUCUUUGCCUCUGGAUGAAGUGAUGCCUUUUCUUUGGUCUUGCUGGAAUUUCGGUGUGUUUGCUCCGGUGCGUUUAUUUUAAAUGGAUGAAAUCCAUGUGGCAGUAUGCGGCGUGAGCAGGUGUGAAUGCGGACAGACUUCUUUAUGGCUCCGGCGCAAAAAUGUUCCUUCUUUCCCCUUGGGCUUUUUCGGGAUCGCGGUCUCCUCACAGAGCAAUAAAGCUAGACUCAGUUCAAACAGACAGCGACCUGCCCAAAAAGCACCUAGAGUUAAAUGAGAUAAUUUGUGGAUCGAAGUGCAAUUAUGCUACUUGUGAACUUGUGAACCUCAGAGAAGAGCAAAGGGUGAUAAAACCCCUCGCCCCCUGACCAUAAUCUCCACCAUUUGUUUCCAUGUCUGUGCUUUCCGUUGAUCAGGUUCAUUUUGCUGUUUGUUCUUUCUCUGAAUAUGACGACAUUGUGCGUUUGAAAUUUCAAAUAUAAUACUUCAGUAUGGCUUCUCAGUGCAUGAAGAUUGAAACGCUGUACAAGAACAGUAUUGAUGGUAUCAAUUAACUGGUAAAAGUGUUGAGUAUUACUAAGCUGGUGAUGGAUGUCCUGAUGGUAAUCAUCAUUUAAGAAUGUCUUUGACCUCUUAGAUGUGAUUGGCUUGAUGAAUGUCGGCGUGUGAGUGGUUGUGUACAAAAACCAUCGAAUGAAACAUUUUUAUUAGAAAUACUUUGGAGUCUUGUGCUACGGAAGAUGUAUUGAUUAUUUUUCUGAAUGUUUGUUGAUGGGAAGUAGAAAGUAUAUGUUUUUUUUUUUUUUUUUUUUUUUUUUUUUUUUAAUGGAAUGUAUUAAUGUACAUUUGGAUUUAACCUCUGGUGAACUCAGCCAUCUGAGGAAAAACCUGAUGUCUUUCUGAUGCCAUUACGAGCUGAACGAGGAGAAGGUCACCAUCAUUACGGACAAACGUAGCUGGGGAUAGACUAGCAUAUCAGCAACUUGUGCCCAUUAAUUAUUUCACAAGAGUUAUGCCUCAUCUUCUCAACUUUCCCCAAAUUCACCUUAAUAUUAUCCCAGAGCAACGCAUCAGGUUAAUUCUUAACGUCUUAAUUAAUACAAUCAGUCAAAGUGUAAGAAGACAGUUUGUGGCAGUGUUGCACCUUGGAUCAACCUGCCCGUGGAAUGUUUCGGAAUUCUGGAACGCCACACGCUGUGAACCCAAAGGGAAAAGAAGCGGGCACUACGAUCACCGACUGCUGUGACUCCAGCGCUGCCACCAGGUGGUGUCAGUUGGUCACUUUCAGGGCUGGGCCCUCCAAAUAUAGCGUGUGACAUGGACCAGUUGGGUCAGGCGAGUGAGUUUCUGAGGUCUGCAUCACUUGGCUAGUGCCAAGAAUGUCUGACAGACAGGGAGUCCCCAGCCUCCUGAAAAUCUGACUUCAGACUUGAAACUGCAGGUCCUCCCCAACUAAUCUGCACCCUGACAAUUUGCAAAGACAGUUCUCAAACUUGACCUGCUCUCUGUAUUUUAAAUUCUUUGUUACACUCCUGCAUGCUCAGAUAAUACUGUUUGAUAAUCCAGGGAUUCAGGAUCUUCCGUUUGCCUUUUGGGGUAGGAUUUAACUUAUGGAUAGAGGAUGGGGCCUUGAAAAACAGAACUAUUAGCUUGUCUAUACGUAGGUCUUAGACUUUGCUGGACUUUGUGUGGAUCCAGGUAAUGAUUUUCCCUGGGUACAGAAUGAGCUUCUACCCUCCACCGCUCUCUGUCUCUGGCCCUCCAACACCUGUCCUAAUGCUCUUUUGCCUACCUUGCCAUGUGUGUUACCUUAACACAGUAUGUGCUGUGAGACCUACAGGAAUCCUUAACAGAAUGUCAACUGAAAAACUAUUAAACACUAA